AGAGAGAGAGAGAGAGAGAGAGAGAGAGAGAGAGAGAGAGAGGGGGAGUAUUGACACUACUGAGCCGUUUGUGAAGAUGCCAACAAUUAAAUUCACGAAGCUGUUCAUUAAUGGAGAAUUCGUCGACUCAGUCUCAGGAAAAACAAUUGAGACAACAGAUCCUAGGAAUGGAGAGGUGAUAGCAAAGGUUGCAGAAGGAGGCAAAGAAGACGUUGAUUUGGCAGUGAAAGCCGCCCGUGCCGCCUUCGACCACGGUCCAUGGCCUCGCAUGUCCGGCUUUGAGAGGGCAAGAAUCAUGAUGAAGUUUGCAGACUUAAUUGAAGAGAACCUUGAAGAGCUAGCCACUCUUGAUAGCCUCGACGCCGGAAAAUUGUUUAGCCUCGGAAAAGCCAUAGACAUACCCGGCGUGAUCAGUUGUCUCCGUUACUACGCCGGUGCAGCCGAUAAGAUUCACGGGCGUACGCUGAAAAUGUCGCGGGAGUUUCAGGCCUACACAUUGCUUGAACCCAUUGGGGUUGUAGGAAGCAUCAUUCCCUGGAAUUUCCCAAGCACCAUGUUUUUCAUCAAGGCAAGCCCCGCCUUAGCCGCAGGGUGCACCGUCGUCAUGAAACCCGCCGAGCAAACUCCACUCUCAGCACUCUAUUAUGCUCAUCUCGCCAAGAUGGCUGGGGUCCCUGAUGGAGUGCUCAAUGUCAUCACUGGAUUUGGACCCACUGCAGGUGCUGCCAUUAGCUCACAUAUGGACAUUGAUAUGGUGAGUUUUACUGGGUCGACAGAAGUAGGGCGUGAAAUAAUGAAAGCAGCGGCAACAAGCAAUUUGAAACCAGUUGCACUAGAAUUAGGAGGCAAGUCACCCCUCUUAAUUUUCGACGACGCCGAUAUAGAUAUGGCUUCUGAUCUUGCUCUUCUUGGGGUCCUAUACAACAAGGGAGAAAUAUGUGUGGCAGGUUCUCGUGUUUUUGUUCAAGAAGGGAUUUACGAUGAGUUUGUGAAGAAAUUAGUUGAGAAGGCAAAAGCUUGGCCGAUUGGGGACCCUUUUGAUCCUCAAGUUCGUCAAGGACCUCAGAUUGACAAGGCGCAAUUUGAUAAAAUUUUAAGAUACAUUGAGCAUGGAAUGAGAGAAGGAGCCACUUUGUUAACUGGGGGAAAGCCUGCAGAGAGGCAGGGAUAUUACAUUGAGCCAACCAUAUUCACCGAUGUUAAAGAGGACAUGCUUAUUGUCAAAGACGAAAUAUUUGGCCCUGUUAUGGCGCUCAUGAAAUUCAAGACUAUUGAGGAGGCGAUAAAGAGUGCGAAUAAUACGAGAUAUGGGCUCGCUGCAGGCAUCGUCACAAAGAGUUUGGAUGUGGCCAACACUGUGUCAAGGUCAAUCCGAGCCGGCACCAUAUGGAUCAAUUGUUACUUUGCUUUCGGUGACGAUUGCCCUUUUGGUGGCUGCAAAAUGAGCGGCUUUGGGAAGGAUCAUGGCUCGGAGGGCCUUCACAAGUAUCUCCAUACUAAGAGUGUUGUUACUCCAAUCUACAAUUCUCCUUGGCUUUGAAAUUUUAUGCGACAUCAAUACUGCAGCAAGCUACUGCUACUUACAUACUGAGCCUUUUUGUGAUGUGAAGGAUCAAUAUUGGUGUGGUUUAUAAAAUGCUUGAUUCCAGUAACGGGGUUGAGUAAAUUAAUAUCUUGCUUUGUGUAAUUUGACUGGUUUGCUUGUAUACAAUGACAAAGUUUGUUUUCAUCUUUCGCUAUAUUAUAGUGUAUGACACAAACUGAGCACGUUCUGCGUCCGCACGCUUGAUAUGCAAAUGUAUUGGACAAAUUAAAAAGAGAAAAACCAACGAAUGAAAUCUCCUUUAUU